UUCCUCUUUUCAUUCUCCUUCUUGGGGUGUGGUUGCAUUUAAUACGAAUUUAGCUGAGUGUUGAGUUGAGAGAUAAAUGGAAAUACGAUUACGUGUGCUCUAAGCGAAGACCCAAAGCCUUUUUUCCUUUUCUCUUUGUUUUUUGUCCUCCUAUUUCUCACACUCCUCAGCUUCUUCUAAAUUGGAAGAAGAAUUUCUUAUACAGGGAGAAACAGGAAUCUGGGUCUGUUUUGUUCUGUUUCUUUGAUCGAAAAAGAAAGAAAAACUUAAGUCUUUUUUUGGCGUUUGGUUUGAGUUUUUGGUUAAGUGUAGAUGAUGAUGAUGAUGCGUAAAAGGGCUGUUUGAGGUAAAUGGGUAGUUGGGGUUUUGGAUUUUGAGCUGUGAAUCAGUUACAGAGUUGUUACCCAAAAGAAAAAAAAAAAAGGGAAAGGGAAAUGAGGAAAUCGUUUAAGGAUUCUCUCAAGGCUCUUGAAGCUGAUAUUCAGUUCGCCAAUACCCUGGCUUCUGAUUAUCCAAGAGAAUAUGAUGGUACCUGCCUUCAGAUGAGAUUAUCGUACAGUCCGGCUGCUCAUCUCUUUCUUUUUCUUGUUCAGUGGACUGAUUGCUAUCUUGCUGGUGCCUUGGGAUUGCUCAGAAUUCUUAUCUACAAGGCAUAUGCUGAUGGGAAAACCACCAUGUCAAUUCAUGAAAGGAAAGCUAGCAUAAGGGAAUUCUACGGGGUGAUCUUUCCCUCAUUACUGCAACUUCAAAGAGGAAUCACCGACGUGGAUGACAGGAAACAGAAGGAAAUUUGUGCUGCAAAGUAUAAGAAAAGGGAUGAAAUGAAUAAAGGAAAGCUCUCUGAAAUCGAUUUAGAGAGAGAAGAAGAAUGUGGGAUUUGCAUGGAGAUGCACAGCAAGAUCGUGUUGCCUGACUGCAACCAUUCAAUGUGUAUGAAAUGCUACCGGACUUGGCACGCAAAGUCCCAGUCAUGCCCCUUCUGUAGGGACAGCCUCAAAAGGGUUGAUUCGGGUGAUCUUUGGAUAUAUACCAGCAGCAAUGACAUUGUCGAUUUGUCCUCGAUACUGAGGGAGAAUAUGAAGCGACUCUUCAUGUAUAUUGAGAAGUUACCGCUCAUCGUUCCGGAUCCGAAGAUUGUUUCUUACGAUCCAAGACUCCGAUGAUUCAAUUUAUUAUUCGGGUUGGAUUUUAGAAGUGUAUAUAACAGUACGGUUCCAUUGUAUAUAAUUCAUGUUCUCUUCAUUUCAUUGUAGUAAAAAUUUCAGAAGAUGUAGAUAAAUAUUCUUUGUUAUUAAGGUAUGUUUUCCACAUUGAAAAGUUCU